GGUCAGGCAUUGCUGAAACACUUGAGUUUCUGCCAAACCCCAUCCAUGGAAUUUCCCAACUUCUCAAAAAAUAAUUCUUCAGCCUGUCUCGGUUUGCUUCCAGUAAGUGACGCUAUGUGUUUCUAAUUAAUCUGCUUCAGAACAAUUUUAUAACUCGCCUAAGAAGCCAAAACUUUCAGAAAUGUUCUCACACUAAUGCGUGGCCAAGACAAACUCCUAACAAUGGUAAUCCUAAACAAUAUUAAGAUUUACUCUUGUACGCCCUGAAGACUUGUGAGAAAACGUCCCUCCAAACAGAAGCGUAAAGAGUCAGAGGCUGCAUAGGCAGCAGCAAAGAGGAAACCCUCGGCAAUCUGAUCAGCGUCAGCCAGGACACUAAUCGGAGUGGGAGCUUCAGACUGCAACUGAGAAGAGCUAAUGAGGACGUGAAACCAAAAGGCUGAAGUCGCCUCAGAGAAAAGAUUUGUGGAAAAAGAACUUAAAGGAAGUCUCAACAUGUUUGGAAAAGAAAGAACGAGCUUUUUGUGCCUGAUUUCCAUUGUGGCCCUCACCAUUGUUCACUGCGCAGGGGCGGUAUACGAUGUUGUCAACAGUUUGCAGUGUUACACCGACUACAAAUCUGAGAUAGACUGCCAAUGGGCUGAAAACCCAAUGGCCAGGCAAUACAUUCCAAUGGAUUUAUAUUACAAGAAGGAAAUACAAGCAACAACGAGAAACUACACAUUGCAGAAAUGCAACUCAAGAAGAUCACCAGAAAAUACUUCCGGCUCUGAUCUUCAUUGGAGGUGUACCAUAAUGGAUACCAGUUAUGUUAUCUCGUUUACAUAUAAUUAUGUCUUUAAACCAGGAAGACCAGUCAAGCUAAACAAACGCUUCAGACUUUUGGAAAACAUCAAACCACAAGCUCCGUUCAAUCUGAGUGUCGCUGUCACAGAGGAAGGGGAUUACUUACUGUCCUGGCAGACAAUCUACGCGGCAAAUUCAUCCACUAUGCUCUUCGGAAAGUUACAGUAUGAAAUUAAGUACAAGCGAAGCUGGCAGCCAUGGGAGAAUUCCCUUUCAGAGACUGUGCAAAGCGACGAUCGGCUGUUUCAAAUCAGCAAGUCAUCGUUGGCGACUUCAGAAACAUACGUUGCGUGUGUGCGGGCAAAGACAAUGCAGCAGGAUGGGUACAGAGGUCACUGGAGCGAGUGGAGCUCAGAGGUCCAAUGGGACGUCACUGAAAAUGCCAGUAACUCUCAAACAGCUGAAGCUAAGGUGAUGCCUCGAAAUCUGCAGUGUACCUACGAUGGCAUCCAGGAGAUUGAAUGUACCUGGGAAGUAACAAUGGAGUCCAGUAAAUAUUUCAAAUUCAACCUCCAUUAUGGAAAAGCCUAUAGCGUUGAGACCAAAGAAUGUGAGCAAUCGGGGAUACUGCACACUUUUCCACAUCUCAUCGUUCAUCGCUGUAACAUACCUGUGGAUGAUGAGGAGGACCUGAAUGACUAUAACAUGUUCCUGAAGCUCGUAGAGCCAACAAAAAGAUUUGAACCUUAUAGAAACAUAAAAGUCAAGGCCCCUUUCAACCUGACCAUAAAACAGCUGCCUGAUGAAAAUUACCAACUGAACUGGCUUACCAAGAACACUGAUGGCAAUUCAGAAUAUGAAAUUCAUUACAAGAAGGCUGAAGACUCUUGGGAGAAUUCUGAAGUGAAGGCGAUUCCCCAAGACACCAAAUCCUGCCAACUCCCAAAGCAUUUAUUGGACUUUUCCAGCAGAUAUAGAAUAAGAAUCAGAGCAAAGGUGAAAUGUGGGCAAGGUCCCUUUACAUACUGUGGACCAUGGAGUGACUGGAGUGAAGAGAUCUCAUUGGAAACUGAUCCUGAUCAUAAGCCGAUUGUUAUUGCAGCAGUUGUAAUGCUGAUGAUUUUAAUCAUCUUGAUUCGCCCCUUCUUCUGCCUGAUAAAAAGGAAGAAGAGAUCCUGGUUGGAUAGUAUCCCGGACCCAGCAAAGAGCAAGCUUUUCCUCAAAGAGAGUCAGAGAGGGCUGCUGGGGUAUUGGUUCCCUGCGGAAACCAUAGCACAGGAAGAAAGCAACAUCUGCCAAGUUGUGGCUGAUGAAUCAUUGGAUACAUCUCCCCAAGUCAUUUCAAAAGAAGAAGCAGAAUUCACCCAGAUCAUGAAGGAACGAGGCAUUUCUUCCCCUCCGAUGACUAGAGAUCAAGUUGGUCAAGGGCAAUUAUAUCGUGAGACUGGAACAGCAGCACCUUUUGGAGAAGCACCUUCCAACCUUCCAGCGAUGCUGAGCGAUCCAUCAGAUUACAAUGGUCCGUAUUUAUUCAACUAUCAAGCUUUGUCAAAGCCCUGUUUGGAAUUAAAGAAUGGAUUUAACCAAAAUGAAAGCUAUUUCAAAUGUGGUCAAGGGGCUCCUGGAUAUGUGAAACUCCCAGAGAAUGCCUCUGAAAGUCAACAGGUGCCGGAUCAGGCACAUCAUGAACAAACACUGCCUCUGCCUGCUUCCGCUUAUGUUCUGAAUCCUUCACAGCCCAUGUUCAGUUCACCAAGUGCAACUGGUUAUCACGUUCACACUGAUAACACUGCAAGAACUUGCUUAAAGCAAUCAAUGCUGGAACAACCAUCCAUUUCCGUUUCCAGUUAUGUCCUGUGUCCACCAUUGAGAAAUUCCAACCCAACCUCCUCGCCAGGGGCUAAUACCGGCGACGCACACACAAAAGAUGCAGACAUUUCCAGUUCUAGCCACCCAGUUCCAGGUUCAGAUGCAACUGCAAACUCUACGGCUGGUCAGCCGUCAGUGGUUUCCAACUGCGGAGCAGACACUCUGGUGGAGGGCGAUGCUCCAAUAGUGGAUGAGGGAAAUACACAAAGACCACCAAGCUGGCCUGACGUCUCACAAGAAAAGCCCAUAGUUACGCCUUGGCAACCAGACGACAGUGUUAACUAUGUGUUAACACCGCCUGGGGAACAAUUGGCCCACUGGAGCAGUCCUCCCAAGCAAGCUACACUGAUCACAAACAAAGCUCAGGGCCUUUCAGCUAAGUGUCCACAGGGUGGAGUCUCUGAGCCUUUGAACUGGAGGGUGCCCAGUCGUGAGGCUGAACAUCCUUACCUGCCUAAGCUCCAAGGGGACCCACAGAAACCUACAACGAAAGAGGAAGCACUGUCACUUGCAAACAUGCAGAAUGAAACCCCAAAUGUAAUCCUUUACCAGCAAGGAGCUAAGCCACUACUUCUGCAGCAGAUCGGAGAUUAUUGCUUCAUUCCUAGAUCCUGACCUACAAAUGCAAACGGAUUCACCAGAUGCCAGCCACCACCAUCAUUGGCAGAUACUGAACCAGCUAACCAGAAUUCCAUGGAUUUUUCAGCCCCUCAUGAGGAUUUAAAGGUGAUGCCUCCAUUUCAAUCUACCUAUACUACAGGGAACAACGUGAGUCCAUCUCAGACCAUACGGUCUGUAUAUUGACUGAAAAGCACCUUGAAAAACCAAUUGCAUAUUAUUUAUUAAGUAAAGGAAGAGGUGAAACAGCAACUGAAGCAUUUUCUUUCUGCUGGUAAACAGCCACUAGAAUUAGUUGCAUAGCUCAACUGAAGAGCCAGCACAAUCACGAUGGGCUGACUGGAAUCCUGCUGCACUGUACUUCUCCGUGCUACUCCAAUGCUAACUCCAUUUGAUGUAGCAAAGCAUUUCAACCUUCAAAGUUGCUUAGCAGGUCCGACCUCUUGCACUUCACCUUCCUUCUUCCAGAUGGCGUGGGCCUUGUAUGGCCCUGAUACCAUGCCACCCUUACCUGCUGCUUGGUUCAAUACCCAGGUUAUUGAGCUGAAUGCUGACACUCUACCUGUGAUAAAGACAAAUGCAGCUUCACAACUCUUUUACCAGCCUGAGUUUUAUAAACAACCUCCAACUAUGCAACACAGCAGUGGCUCCGAGUACUUCAGAUGGAUUAUUUCUGAAAUUGCAGAGGUGACAUUGUUCUUGCGAGCUUUGCAAUUCACUGAACACGGUUAGUUCUAGUCAUGAUGUCAGCUAAAGUUAGCGAUAUACAUUUUGUAGACAUAAAGGGUUUCAUUGUUUUAAAACCAUUAUAAAAUGAAGUUGGAUAUUUGUGUUUUGUAAGCUGUGAAGAUUUAUUUAUCAAAGCUUCUAGCUGAAUUACGAUGCCCCAAAUUUCCACCUUUCUCCCAGCAAUAUAGUUGGAAUCAAAUUUGCACCAUUUAUCAACAGGAAGUCAAAGAACUCAUGCCAUGCCCUCCAGUGCCUGAGGCAGCUCGGCAUCCAUUCUGAUGCCAUUGUCCAAUUCUAAUUGCCUGUCCAUCCUUCUGACUUGUUCAUUCGCCUGAAUGGAGUGUUUGCCUAUCAAGGACAUCUAUCUGAUUUUCAAUGUCACCCAUUGUAGACGCUGGUGGGUAGAGGACCCGCCAAAGGAAGAGACCCCUUCCCACACAAGUGUUGAAUCAGAGGAGGCAGCUAAGAAGUGACAAAAUGUAAAUUAAACACGUGGGUGGGUCAUUGGUAGGUGAACUUCAAUACAGAUGGGCCUAUAAUGAAGAAAGACUUGUAUUUAUAGGGCACUUGUCAUGCCUCAGGAUGUCCCAAAGCGUUUCACAACCACAAAAAGUACUUUUGGAAAUGUAGGCCAGAAUUUCUGGCCCCACCAUGGUGGGUUCCCCCGCGACAGAUGUGCCAAGCCGUUCAAAUGUCCAUUGACUUCGGCAGGACUGGAAGAUCCCACUAGCUGGAGGGGCCGAAAAAUUCCGGCUACAGUCACUGCGGUACUAUAGGAAAGAUGACAGCUAAUUUUCACACAGCAAACUCCCACCAACAGCAUUGUGAUAAUGACCAGAUAAUCUGUUUUUUAUAGUAUUGGUUGAGGGAUAAAUGUUGAUCAGUACACCAGGGAGAACCUCUGUACUCUUCUGCAAGAUAAGGCCAAGGGAUCUUUUGCAUCUACUUGAGGGGAUGGAUGGGGCCUCAGUUGAAUGUCUCACCUGAAAGGCAGCACCUCUGACAGUGCCGCAUUCCCUCAGUACUGCACUGAAAGGUGCAUGUUUAAGGUGGUGGGUGGGGUGCCAGUCAAGCAGCGGCUUUAUCCUGGAUGAUACCGAGCUUCUUAAGUGUUCAAAUGGUCAUUUGGUACCACAGAACUUAAGGAUUGCUGAAAAAAGAGACCCAGUUUUUGAUGAAGCUUUUCAUCUUGCACUCAUCAGGACACUUGGCAGUUGUCAUAGGUAUUAUCAUUGGUAUUUUGGGAAUUGCCCUGACGAGUGCAAGACAAAACCCUCGACCAAAAAAGCUCUCUUUUUUCAGCAAUUCUUAAGUGUUGUUGGAGCCACACUCAUCCAGGCAAGUAGCAAUUCCAUAUAUUGGGAAUGAAAUGAAUUCUUGCGAGGAAUCAUGAAGAGAGGCCACACCUACCCUCUUGGUACCAAGAUCAGUAAACCAUUGGACAAUAUGCAUUACUGAACAUGCAUGUAAUUCGAUGAAAAAUAGUUUGUAAACUUAUUGGGUAACCAUGAAAAGAUGUACGCUUUUUCCUUUGUAACAAAAGUAUAAACUAAAAGGAGCGAAGUGAUAUUCUCAA